GCGCCUGGUGUCUGGCGCGGCUAUUUAGGAGGCCAAGACAGGAGGAUCCAAGGUCAAGGCCCGAAACCUGACACCUCCCUCGCCUGCCCCCAAAUUCAGGAACACUUACUUCUAGCGACAUCUGAGAGUCAAAGGAGGAAAUAAGCUAGCUGGUCCCGUGGCGUGGCCUACAUCUGCUUCUCCUUGAUGCUGACAGAGCUUUAUGAAGUCCAGGCUUUGCAGGCUCCCAGAAUUUUAAGCCAUUAGACCCCACAUGGAAUCAUGUCCAGGUGCUGCAUCCUUGGUGGAGAGAAAAUUCCAUGUUCUUGUGGGUGUCACCGGAAGUGUUGCUGCUCUGAAGUUGCCUUUUUUGGUGUCAAAGCUUUUGGACAUUCCUGGGGCAGAAACUCACAUGUGUGAAAAGUGGGGAAAGCCAAAGGAUUACAAAAGGACCCAGGUUUCCCAGUGUGCUGGAUCAACCCAUAGAAACCAUGUGGUCAGAGAAGAAGAGACUCACUCGCCUGAGAUCUUUCAGCAACUGGAAGUCACAGUGGUCACAACUGAAAGAGCCAAACAUUUCUACAACCCCCAGGACAUUCCUGUCACCCUCUACAGUGACUCUGAUGAAUGGGAGAUGUGGAAGCACCGCUCUGACCCAGUUCUCCACGUUGAUCUGCGGAGGUGGGCUGACCUGAUGCUAGUGGCUCCUCUCGAUGCCAACACCCUGGGGAAGGUGGCCAGUGGCAUCUGUGACAAUUUGCUUACGUGUGUCAUCCGGGCCUGGGACCGCAGCAAACCCCUGAUCUUCUGUCCUGCCAUGAAUACCGUCAUGUGGGAACACCCCCUUACUGCACAGCAGAUGGACCAACUCAAGGCCUUUGGCUAUGUGGAGAUCCCCUGUGUGGACAAGAAGCUGGUGUGUGGAGAUCAAGGUCUGGGCGCUAUGGCUGAGGUGGAGACCAUUGUGGAUAAAGUGAAAGAAGUCCUCUCCCAGCACAGCAACGUCCAGCAGAGUUGAACUGAUUUCUGUUAUGGGUGUACCUCUGCACUCAGUGUGUUUUCAGGCCAAGAUGGUGAAGAAGGGCAUCAUCAAAAUAUGGUGAAGAUGUGGCUGGGGCUGUGGGUCAGUGACAGAGCGCUUACCUUGCAAGCGCUGGGUUUAAUUCUCAGCACCAUAUAAAAACAAAUAAAUAAAUAAAUAAAGGUCCAUCAAUAACUAAUAAAAAUUUUAAAAAAUAUAUGGUGAAGUGCUGCCCCCAACCUGCGCGGGCAGCUGAACUUAAGGUCGCUCAUAUGAUUUUCCAGGGACACCAAAUAAAACACAGACACACUUUACCUUUAAACAAACUUCUGGAUGGCUCCACUGUCUGCCUCAGGCUCCCCAAAAGGGAAAGCAAGAGAAAGUCAGGCGAGAGAGGCUGGUGAGAGAGAGAAAGAGAGAGUGUGUGCGUGCUUGAGCGGGAGCAUGUUCAGAAGUGGGCUUUUAUUGGGGGGACUCUUGUUCUUUAGAAAGUUCUCCGAAAAAGGCCAGAAGGGGCAGGGUUACAAGCAACAGAUGAGUGUAACUCAACCUCAGGGUUGACACCUACAUCUGAAGACACACCUACUUCUUGGGCUGAGACAACGCCCAAGUCACUACAAAAUGUAGUGAUUGAUUAGAGCCUCUUGCUUCAGGACUGGAAGGUGGGUCAUUCAGAGUGGCUCCCCACAGUGAAGAUUCCUGCAUUUGCUCAAGAGGCCUCUGACCUGCUCCAGGUUAUACAGGACCAAAGGCGCAACUUCUUUCAACCAGGGGGUGCCUGCUUUCUAUAACCCCUCCCCAUCUCUUCCUGGGAGGGGUACAACAAGCUAGGAGAGAAAACUGCUAUAUGUCCCUGAACACCUGGGAGGACUAAGUGACUGGGAGACUUCUAUUUUUUCUCUUGCCCAGGAAUUGCUUUUUGAAAUACUAGCUGCAGGUCCCUGGCAUGGCAGGCCCCUGGCCAGGCCUCGGGAGCUUCCAUUUUCUGAUGAGGUGCCCAAGUGUCACACAGUCAGGAAAUUUGUGAGGUGGCAGGACUCUCAGAUUUUCCACAGACCAUGCUAUGAAUUUGGGGAUUCUGGGAAAUUAAAAAAAAAAAUGUGAUCUUUUAGGAGAUUCUGUCCUUUCUUUACAACCCAUCUAUGGUCUCAGAGAUUUGAAGGCAUUGAUGGAUCAGGCCAGGGAAAACGUAGGGUGAUGACUGACUAGCACUCUCCUGUCCCCAUAUAAUAAGAGUACAUAUGGACAAAAAGCCCUGAAGCCAGACAGACCCUAUUCAAAUCUCAGCUCUGCCACUUAUCACCGGUAGACCUUGGCUUGGGACUUUCCCUUUCUGAUCCUCACUUUCUGCAUCUGUAUUAUCAUCCUUCCCUUGUGAAACUGUUGAGAUUAAGUGAGAUGAUGUGUGCAAAAUACAGGUGUCCCCUUUAUCCUCUGGAGACACAUUCCAAGACUCCCAGUAGAUGCCUGAAACCACAUAUAGUACUGAACCCUAUUAAUACUAUGCAUUUCCCCACACAUAACAUACCUAUGACAAAGUUUAACUUGGAAAUUAGGCACUGUAAGAGAUUAACAACA